AUGGUCAAUAAACACAAGACUGAUAUGGUUGCUAUUUCAGAACCAUUGGUAAACAGUAAUAAAAUUGAGGGUUACAAAAGAUUCUUGGGUUUCAACCACUGCAUCUCCAACAUCAAUGGCAAAAUAUGGUGUUUUUGGAGAGAUGGAUGUGAUGUUAGUGUUAUUCAUAAUCAUGUCCAGCAAAUGACUUUAAAAGUUCAAAAAAAUCAUAAUUGUCAGGAAUUGUUUGUAACUGCCGUAUAUGCUAAGUGUACUGCUUCGGAAAGAAUGGAUUUAUGGAGUAGCCUGGAAAAUCUCAACAGGAUUAUUAAUCAACCUUGGUGCAUAGGUGGGGAUUUUAAUGUAAUCCUCCAUCCUGAAGAAAAGAUUGGAGGAUUACCUCAUAGAAAUGCCGAAAGUUAUGACUUUUUUGAAUGCAUGGACUCGUGUGGAAUGAUGGAUAUUGGUUAUAUUGGCUCUAAUUACACAUGGUGUAAUAAUUGGACCCCAAGCUUGAGGAUAUGGAAGAGGUUAGACAGAGUUUUUGUGAACGACCAAUGGGCCCAAAAAUACAAUUCCAACACGGUGAAACACCUUCCAAGGGUUGGAUCUGAUCAUAGGCCUUUGCUUUUCAAAAACUUCAGGGAGAUAGUUACUUCGGAUUGGAGGUUACAUAUUCAAGGCAACCCCAUGUGGAAAUUGCAACAGAAACUUAAAAGAUUGGGAAAAAAACUCUCUAAGUGGUCAAGGGAAGGAAUAUGUGAUGUACAUGAAAACACUGAAAUGUGGGAAGACAGGAUGCAAUUUCUGGAAGACAAGGAUAUGGAGUUGAGAACAGAUGAUAGUAGAGAAGACCUUAACAAAGGGCAUGCCGAGUAUAUCUAUUGGUUGAACAAGCAGGAUAGCAUUCUUAAGCAGAAAUCGCAAGUGAGGUGGUUUGAGGAGGAGCAACACUAA